GGCCUCUUCCGCCGCGGGACCGGAAGCGCUGCUCGGCACGGGGUUUCCCGGGCUGCCCGCGCCGCCCUCUUCCUUUCUGGCCGGAACUCGCCGAGGCGGCAGCAGCAGCAGCAGCAGCACCAGAGGCAGAGGAGGCCCCGCCGUCGCUCACGAGCCGCCUCCCAAGACCGCACCAUGCCGCCCAAGGACGACAAGAAGAAGAAGGAUGCGGGCAAGUCGGCCAAGAAGGACAAGGACCCCGUCAACAAGUCCGGUGGCAAAGCCAAGAAGAAGAAGUGGUCCAAAGGGAAAGUAAGAGACAAGUUGAACAACCUUGUUUUGUUUGACAAAGCCACUUAUGACAAACUCUGCAAGGAGGUGCCAAACUACAAGCUCAUCACACCAGCUGUGGUCUCUGAAAGGCUGAAGAUUCGAGGUUCUUUGGCUAGAGCGGCACUCCAGGAGCUACUCAGCAAAGGUCUAAUCAAACUCGUGUCCAAGCACAGAGCUCAGGUCAUCUAUACCCGAAACACCAAAGGGGGUGAUGCACCAGCUGCUGGGGAGGAUGCGUGAAAAGGAACUCAAGCGGCUUUUAGACUCUUGUGUAUAUUCAUAAAAAAAUAAAACAGUUGACCUCCUUAAAA